GCCGGCGGAGGACUAGCCCAGGAAGGUCCAUGGCCUUUCCUCUCCUCGGUGCUUAAGAAAGCUGCCCACUGAAGGGUGAGGAGUCGCAAGGAGGCGGCACCAUGUUCCGCAAGAAAAAGAAGAAACGUCCUGAGAUCUCAGCCCCUCAGAACUUCCAGCAUCGUGUCCAUACCUCCUUUGACCCCAAAGAGGGCAAAUUCGUGGGCCUCCCCCCGCAAUGGCAGAACAUCCUGGACACACUGAGGCGCCCCAAGCCCGUGGUGGACCCUUCACGCAUCACGCGGGUGCAGCUCCAGCCCAUGAAGACAGUGGUGCGGGGCAGCUCAGUGCCAAUGGAUGGCUACAUCUCAGGGCUGCUCAAUGACAUCCAGAAGUUGUCAGUCAUCAGCUCCAACACCCUACGUGGCCGCAGCCCCACCAGCCGGCGGCGGGCACAGUCCCUGGGGCUGCUGGGAGAUGAGCACUGGGCCACCGACCCAGAUAUGUACCUCCAGAGCCCCCAGUCUGAGCGCACUGACCCCCAUGGCCUCUACCUCAGCUGUAACGGGGGUACACCAGCAGGCCACAGGCAGAUGCCAUGGCCCAAGCCGCAGAGCCCACAGGUCCUGCCCAAUGGGCUGGCCACAAAGGCACAGUCCCUGGGCCCUGCUGAUUUCCAGGGUGCCUCACAACGCUGCCUGCAGCUGGGCACCUGCCUGCAGAGUUCCCCACCAGACACCUCACACCCCGUGGCCCCCGGGAGGCGUGGGAUGAAGGCUGCUAAGCAUGGCUCAGAGGAGGCUCGGCCACAGUCCUGCCUGGUGGGCUCGGCCACAGGCAGGCCAGGUGGGGAAGGCAGCCCCAGCCCUAAGACCCAGCAGAGCAGCCUGAAGCGCAGGCUGUUCCGAAGCAUGUUCCUGUCCACUCCUGCCGCAGCCCCUCCAAGCAGCAGCAAGCCAGGCCCUCCAGCGCAGAGCAAGCCCAACUCCUCUUUCCGACCGCUGCAGAAAGACUCCCCCCCAAGCCUGGUAGCCAAGGCCCAGUCCUUGCCUUCGGACCAUCCCGUGGGGACCUUCAGCCCUCUGACCACCUCAGAUACCAGCAGCCCCCAGAAGUCCCUUCGCACAGCGCCAGCCACCGGCCCGCUUCCAGGCCGGUCUUCCCCAGCAGGCUCGCCCCGCACCCGGCAUGCCCAGAUCAGCACCAGCAACCUGUAUCUGCCCCAGGACCCUGCUGUGGCCAAGGGUGCCCUGGCUGGCGAGGAGACGGGCGUUGUGACACACGAGCAGUUCAAGGCUGCACUCAGGAUGGUGGUGGACCAGGGUGACCCCCGGCUGCUGCUGGACAGCUAUGUGAAGAUUGGCGAGGGCUCCACAGGCAUCGUCUGCCUGGCUCGGGAGAAGCACUCGGGCCGCCAGGUUGCUGUCAAGAUGAUGGACCUCAGGAAGCAGCAGCGCAGGGAGCUGCUCUUCAAUGAGGUGGUGAUCAUGCGGGACUACCAGCAUGUCAACGUGGUGGAGAUGUACAAGAGCUACCUGGUGGGCGAGGAGCUGUGGGUGCUCAUGGAGUUCCUGCAGGGCGGGGCCCUCACAGACAUCGUCUCCCAAGUCAGGCUGAACGAAGAGCAGAUUGCCACUGUGUGUGAAGCAGUGCUGCAAGCUCUGGCUUACCUGCAUGCCCAGGGUGUCAUCCACCGGGACAUCAAGAGUGACUCCAUCCUGCUGACCCUCGAUGGCAGGGUGAAGCUCUCAGACUUUGGAUUCUGUGCUCAGAUCAGCAAAGAUGUUCCUAAGAGGAAGUCCUUGGUGGGGACCCCCUACUGGAUGGCUCCUGAAGUGAUCUCCAGGUCUCUGUAUGCCACUGAGGUGGAUAUCUGGUCUCUGGGAAUCAUGGUGAUUGAGAUGGUGGAUGGAGAGCCACCCUACUUCAGCGAUUCUCCAGUGCAAGCCAUGAAGAGGCUCCGGGACAGCCCCCCACCCAAGCUGAAAAACUCUCACAAGCUGCAGCAGUAG